GCAGCUGGCUACCCACGUAACGCCGGAUACCGUCGUCAUUACAAACCACAGACCACUGGACAGGCUCGGUAUUCUGAUGUGCCGUCUACUCUUUAUGCCAAGUAGAGACUGUGACGAAUGGUGAGGAUAGAAUGCGGAGUUCUCGACUUUUCUUUACAAGCACUGAAAGCUGCACAUUUAUGGCGUUUGUGAGUGUGAGUGGAGACUUCUGCCAGGCACAGCACCUGGUCAUUGUGGACAAAUGAAAAGGUGGCUUCCCACAUGAAGAUUACACUGCACCCUUGCUGUCUUACAUUUUGAACUUUGGGGUAGAGGCUGUAUUUGCCCAAAGUUCAAGUGUAUGAGUCCGUUAGAGCCAACUCAGGUGCUAGAAAACCGUCUCUCAUCACCACCCCUUUUGAGCACCAACAGUUUGUCACUCUUCCCCUGAAUGGGUUAACUAGAGAAUUGAUAAGUAUAAGUGAAGUGUAGUCCCUUUUUUAUUAGCUUUUUAAUAGACUAAUAGUGAGUCCUUCCUUAUUGAAUUUGCCUUUUAAGUAUAAAUUUGAGAUUUUCUUAAGUCCAUAGAUUUUUAAAUAACAUUUUUUAGUACACCUUGGAAGAUUUUUUUUUUUUUUUUUUUUUUUUUUUUUUUUUUUUUUUUUUAAAACCUCCCUCCACGUGUCAAGAUGAACCGCCCUGCGCCUGUUGAAAUCACCUAUGAGUGCAUGAGGUUCCUGAUUACACACAACCCCACCAAUUCACAGCUGAGCAAGUUUACAGAGGAACUGAAAGCUUUCGGGGUGCAGACACUGGUUAGGGUUUGUGAAACCACCUAUGACAAGACACCAGUGGAAAAGGAAGGGAUUGAAGUUUUGGAUUGGCCUUUUGAUGAUGGCUGCUCACCACCUGACCAAAUUGUUGAUGACUGGUUGAACUUACUGAAAUGCAAAUUUAAAGAUGAACCUGGUUGUUGCAUUGCAGUGCAUUGUGUUGCAGGACUGGGUCGAGCUCCUGUCUUGGUGGCCAUAGCCUUAAUUGAGUGUGGGAUGAUGUAUGAGGAUGCAGUUCAGUUUAUUCGUCAGAAGAGGCGUGGGGCCUUCAACUCUAAACAACUUGUGUACCUUGAAAAAUACAAGCCCAAGAUGCGCCUGCGCUUUAGGGAUGCCAAUGGUCAAAACUGCUGCAUCCAGUAGGACAGUUGUCCAAAGCAAAGUUUUGUUGUUGUUAUUGAUUUUUGAAAUUGUGCCAAGCACAUGCAAAAUAGUCACUAUUUAUAUUACCAGCAUCUUGACCACCCUCCACUCAUUAUGGAUUGGUUUCUGAAUUAUAACCAUAUCAUGUGGGUUUACAGAAACCUUUGUUUAAAACUUUUACCACUGUUAAUGUUAUUUAGUACAACAGUAGCUUUAACCUGUGACUGGUACGAAUGGCCCAAAAAUCAAUAGCAGUAUAAAGUUGGUAAAUUGCAGUCAGUUGCCAUGAUUUGGGAGACCUUAUUCCAUACCCCCUAUCCACCUAUGUGAGUAGAGGUCCCAUACAGCAGUGGCUGUGUCUAUACUGCUGUUUACUCAUCUGUUAAAGUGAAGGAACCUAGCAGAUCACACUUCAAUAACAAUAGUGAAAUGUUAAGCAUUCGAGUUAAUGAACUAAAUCCAGCAUCAUACCAAUAAAACACCUCUUGCUGCUGACUGAUAAAUGAUCAAAUUUAAAUAAAGAUAUAAAUGAUUAGUUUCUCCUUUUUGUCAUAUAUAUCUAUGUAGUCUGUGUGCCAGAUAUUUAAGUUCAGAGCUCUGCUGCCUGCCUUCUCACCCAUAUGUGCUCACCAUCAUAUUACACCUAUUCAACUUCCUCACUGGCUUCUUGUAAAAUACCAUAUUCAGUUCAAAAUACCCACCUACAAAGCUCUAAAUAACCUCUUGCCUUCAUAACUGAUCAUCUUCCUUACAAACCUACUCACACUCACAGAUCUUCCUCCAGCCUGCACAGGUGAUCAUGGCUUUUCUAGAUCUGCUCCUUGACUCUUUCUUAAACAUAAACUCCUUUUCAUCUGCUUGUUUCCAUGUUCUGUAUGUGCUGUUUGUAAAUGUACUGUAUAAUGUAUAUGAUCUGUAUCAAUGCUUUCUCUUAUGUACUAACUAAUCAUCUUUGGGUCCUUGAAAAGUGCUGUAUAAAUACAUUUAUUAUUAAGUUCCAAAA